AUGACCGUCCUACAGCCUUCACCCCCUCCGCCACAGCCUCAACCAUUGCGUGAAUCGCGAUACUCUGUACGGCUCAUUUAUACAAAGUCUGGCUUCUACGCUCGAGCUGCUUCUGGCGAGCCUGACAUUCACGGCUUUUUUGCGAUCGUCUCGAGCAAUGUCGCGGACGUUGAUAUCUUGGUAGCAUGGAUACCUGAAUAUCUGGUUGAGGCCAAGGAUUUGGAAACCUUUUUGCAACUCGAUGGUACCUUGGCGUCUGAGCAAGGUUUUCCAACAGUGACACUUGAUACAGGCCAAGGAGAAUCAAUGAUCAUCCCGCUUUUUGAUAUUUACUCGCUCUAUGUCUGUCCACCAUCAACAUUUAAUACUAACGAAGACAGCGGAUCAAUCAUAAUCACCACUUCCAAAGGCGAUCUACUGCAACCGUUAUGGUACAGAACAAACGCAUCACCUUGGCCAGGCUUUGACGUUCUCGAUAUCAUUGAAACACAACCGCCUACUACCACCACAGCUACUGGUAGUGGUACUAAUGCUUAUAAUGCCGGUGCACAACCGACAGACGAUCCAGGAAGACAAGCGCUUCGGGAUGCUCGAUGGAAUGUCUUGGAGCGAUUAUCGCGAAUAACCCAAAUAUCGCUGCUGGAGCAUCCAAUCUCAAGAGCGAUUAUUCCCUUACUACCACCUUCAAUCCAGUCAUUGAGUCGCAACAUCACCGUCCGAGAAACCAUGAACGAUUAUGAUCGAGCAACGUAUUAUCUAGCACAAUGGGGCGAUGAAAAUGAAAAAGAUCAUGAGCAUUUGCCCGAGAACGAGCGCGAUUUACUAAUAUAUGACAUGCCAGAGAUGAACAAGCCCCCACCAACACACACCAGACGAGAUCCAAUUGCACCCGAGGAGUGGGUUGAUUACUUUGAUGGGGAAGGCAGACUUAGGGUUGCUGAAGGAUACAUUCUUGGCCUUAUAUUUCGUGGCGGAUUGCAUCCGGAUGUUCGAAUUGAAGCCUGGAAGUUCUUAUUGGGUAUCUAUCCAUGGGAUAGUACGUUUGAUGAACGUGAAGCCAUUCGUCGCAGUAGAGUAGACGAAUACUACGAAAUCAAAGCACGAUGGUUCAAUGAUAUGGAGGCACGCAGCGAGGACAAGUUUAAAGACGAGAAGCACCGGAUCGACAAAGACGUUCAUCGGACAGAUCGCACAAUCUCCAUUUUCGAAGGUGAAGACCUGCCAAAUCCAGACCCAAACAUGGCUGUCGGUACCAAUGCCAACCUUGAGAUUAUGAAGGACAUCCUGGUUAGCUACAACUUCCACAAUACGGAACUUGGCUAUGUGCAAGGCAUGUCGGAUCUAUUAGCACCGAUAUUUGUGGCCAUGGGGACCGAGGAAAUGGCGUUUUGGUGCUUUGUGCACUUUAUGGAUCGCGUCGAGUCGAACUUUUAUAUGGACCAGUCAGGCAUGCACGGACAACUCAAGACGCUAGAUGUCUUGAUUCGAUUUAUGGAUCCAAAGCUAUAUAAGCGAUUAGAGGAGACAGAGACAGCCAACUUGUUCUUCUGUUUCCGAUGGCUUCUGGUAUGGUUCAAGCGCGAGUUUGAGUGGGAUGAUGUGAUUCGACUCUGGGAAGUGCUUUGGACAAACCACCUGUCACCCCACAUGAUCAUGUUCAUUGCUCUGGCCGUCCUGGAUCAGCACCGCCAAGUCAUUUUGGAAAACUUGACUCAAUUUGAUGAGAUUCUCAAGUAUAUCAACGAGCUGACGGGAACGAUUGAUCUGGAAGAAACGUUGAAGCGCGCAGAAGUCUUGUUCUAUCAGUUUGAACGACGAGUCAAGGCCAUGGACCGAAAACGAGAGCAGCUCGAAGAAAAGCUGGAAGAGCGGUCGGUAUGGAACAAUGAAGACGAGCGGACCAAAGUUGAGAAAUCAAUCAAGGAACUUGAGGUGGACGAUAAACUAAAAAAACUACUAAAAAGCGACGCCGAUCCUCAAGCGUCUCUGUCGUCGUCGUCGUCGUCUUAG